CAAUCACUGCUUCUGUCCGAUUGUCACCAUGUCCGGGUAACCGUAUUACGAUAUCUGCAGGAUUAUCAAAGGAUACACUUGUAAAGGUGAAGGCCCAACUGGGACAAUCUGGACAUGAGCGGAAGUGCCAAACUUGCUGCACCGUCGAAAUAAAAGUACUGCACGUAAAAAACAGAUCGAAAAGAUAUCAGCACUUCACAAGAAAAACGCACCAUCACCGAUAAAAACAACAUUAAGGACCUCUGUUUGAUUGACAACUGAUCGACUCUCUAUUGUGAAGCGAUCGAUCGUUAUAGUAUGAAUAUCAGUGACAGUGAAAACUGGUCCCAUAUACACGGGGCAGUGACAGAUAUCAUCCCGGGGGAGAGGGGGACCAUGUCCUCCCAAAAUCUGACAGACGAGGAGUACCUCCUGAAAAUGAUGGGACCCAAGAGGAAGGACAUGUUGUCCGUGGUCUGUCUGUUGGUCAUCUACAGCUUCAUCUUCGUGACGGGCAUUGUGGGAAAUGUGUGCACGGCUAUCGUUAUUGUCCGGAAUCGCCACAUGCAGACCAGCACGGAUUAUUACCUCUGUAGUCUGGCCAUCUCCGACAUUCUCAUCUUAGUCUCCUGUUUACCUUUUGAGACGUAUUCUAUAUGGCAGGCAUAUCCAUUCAAAUUUGGUGAGGUGUGUUGUAUUGGGAAAGCAUUAUUAACGGAAAUGACGUCAUAUGCAUCAGUGUUGACGAUCACAGCGUUCACAGUGGAACGAUACAUCGCCAUCUGUCACCCUCUGAUAUCUCAUAAAAUCGCCGAUCUAAGGCGAUCCGUCUUGAUUAUCAUUGGGAUAUGGACCAGUUCAUUUCUGAUUGCUCUACCCUAUCCAAUACAUACACGGACUUUGUUUUACGCCCUUAGUCCUACGACGAAGAAACCCCUCCCAGAGUCCCUUGUGUGUAACAUUCCACUUGAGUGGAUUUCUGAAAUGACCAUUAUGUUUCAAAUAUCAACAUUCCUGUUUUUUAUCGCUCCAAUGACUGUUAUUAUUAUUUUGUAUGUUUUAAUUGCGAUAACUUUGCGAAGUACAGCAUUAAACAGAGCAAAUUCGGAAGAAUCCACCGGUGGACACCAUUCUUCACAUUCCAGACGAGUUGUCCGGAUGUUGGUGGCUGUAGUUGCUGCUUUCUUCUUCUGUUGGGCGCCAUUCCACACACAGCGACUGUACACGAUCUAUCACAGAGAUCUGUGGACGCCGUACGAACUGGAGGUCCAGAGCCACCUAUUCUACAUCUCAGGUGUUCUGUAUUUUGUUGGAUCCACCGUGAAUCCAUUCCUGUAUAACGUGAUGUCAAAGCGAUAUCGGGAGGCGUUCAAAGAGACCCUGUGUUGUUGUGCAGGACACAGGAAAUCCAAGUACCAGCGUAGUCUUGUGUAUUAUUACAACAACAUGAAGAGCACGAUUAGAAGUAAUGUGUCACGUGAUGACGGCGACAAACCAGGAGAACCCACCAGUCUUAACAACAGGAACUCGCUCUCUAGGAACCCCAGAACAGACUCAAACUAUCCACUGAGGACUAAACUGUUGUCCAAUAGUGCCAAAGCCCAGGGAUCUCAACAGAAUAGGAGUAAAAUAUGUCGAGAUGGGACAUACAUAGACAAUGAAUAUCACUCUGAUAAUGAGGAUCUUAAGCUCCUGACAUACCUACCGCUAAAUAAAGCAGAGAACGUGGAAAUGACGGAACAGACAAAAUCUAACAUAUACACACAAAGAUCAGCUUUGUAGGCGGAGACUUGGUUAUGUUUUUGUUCCAUUUUUAAACCAAAUGUUUCUUCGGUUAUUGUUAUUCAUUGAUGCACUUGUUUUAUCUAUAUUAAAUAUCUUUUGUGAUACGUAAAAUAACUUAAACAUUUUUAAAAUAUUCAGAGUAGCACUCGAUGAAACUGCA